UCAGUGAACUUGAAUUUUCCACUGGUUGAAUCUAACCUACCAAGGCAAUUAGAAGUUCAGUUCUAAGUUUCGCUGCCGCUUUGUUACAUGUAUUUCGAUUCAAUCAGUCUUUGGUGCUUUGAUCCAGAUAAUCAUCCAUGUCAUGGGAAGUGGCGUUUUACUGUCCAGUGGAAGUCUGGCUAUGGUAACUGUGGGAUACAAGCAGAGAUGAGCACGCUAAAAGUAGGAUUUGUGUGAUUUAUAAUGGAGAUGAAUAUGGGCUUGAUCUUGCUGUAAGUUCUUCUGCAAGUUUGCACAAUAUGAGGACUCAACGGAUGCGUGUAAAGGCUAAAGGGACUGGAAGGAUGGUAAACCCGCAGCAGGCAAUAUAUGAGCUGAAACACAAGUUGGUUAUGUCUCUUAAUAAACUUGCUGAUCGGGACACUUACCAAAUUGGGGCGGAGGAGCUUGAGAAGAUUGCUGAAGGUUUGACCCCUGAAGGGAUUAUUCCGUUUCUAUCUUGUAUUAUUGAUAUUGAUUCAGAGCAGAAGAGUGCGGUAAGGAAGGAGUGCAUUAAGGUUCUGGGAACCCUUGCUAGGUUUCAUGGGAACUUGAUGUCUGCUCAUAUUGGGAAGAUGGUGUCCAGUAUUAUUAAGCGUCUCAAGGAUUCGGAUUCAGCUGUUAGGGAUGCUUGUGUUGAGACAGCUGGUGUUUUGACAAUGACUGCGGAGAGCUCUGGUGGAGGUGAGAAUGGAUUUGUCGCAUUAGUCAAGCCAUUUUUUGAGGCCUUAGGUGAACAGAAUAGAUACGUGCAGACUGGCUCUGCAUUGUGCUUGACAAAAGUUAUUGAUGAGGCUAGAGAACCUCCCAUCGCUCUUCUAGCUCAGAUGCUUACUCGGGUUGUCAAGCUGCUUAAGAAUCAGCAUUUCAUGGCAAAGCCUGCCGUCAUUGAGCUUAUAAGAAGCAUUGUUCAGGCAGGUGGAGCUUCUGCAGAGACUUCUUUACAAUUGGCAGUGACCAGCAUAGCCGAAGCACUCAAAUGUACUGACUGGACAACCCGCAAAGCUGCUUCUCUUGCAUUAGCUGAAAUAGCAGGCAGUGCUGGAUCAGCACUAGGAUAUCUGAAAACUUCUUGCAUUUGUUCUCUUGAAUCUUGUCGUUUUGACAAGGUGAAACCUGUCAGGGAUGCUGUAGUUCAUGCUUUACAAUGCUGGAAAUUUAUUCCAGGAACUGAUCAUUGUGAUCCUUCAGAAGCUGGGUCAUCUACCAAAG